CAGUGGAGACGGCAGCAAGAUGGCGAUUCUGGGCAGGCAGUAUGGGCUUAUUUUGCCAAAGAAAACACAGCAGUUGCACCCUGUUUUGCAAAAACCAUCAGUGUUUGGGAAUGAUUCUGAUGAUGAUGACGAGAGGGAUUUUAAUGCGGAGAAUUGACUUCUGUGAGUGAGAGCCUUCAGAGGGAAGCUGCUAAGAAGCAAGUAAUGAAGCAGACCAAACUGGAAAUCCAGAAGGCCCUUGCAGAAGAUGCCACUGUGUAUGAAUAUGAUAGUAUUUACAAUGAAAUGCAGAAAAAAAAGGAAGAAAGUAAUCCUAAAUUACUCCUGGGAAAAGACCGAAAGCCCAAGUAUAUUCACAACUUACUAAAAGCAGUUGAGAUCAGGAAAAAGGAGCAGGAAAAAAGAAUGGAAAAGAAAAUUCAGAGAGAGCGAGAAAUGGAAAAGGGAGAAUUUGAUGAUAAAGAGUCAUUUGUGACAUCUGCUUAUAAGAAAAAACUGCAGGAGAGAGCUGAAGAGGAAGAACGAGAAAAGAGGGCUGCUGCACUUGAAGCACAUUUGGAUGUAACUAAGCAGAAAGAUCUCAGUGGAUUUUACAGGCACCUAUUAAAUCAAGCAGUUGGUGAAGAAGAAGUACCUAAAUGCAGCUUUCGUGAAGCCAGGUCUGGAAUAAAGGAAGAGAAAUCAAGAGGUUACCCAGAUGAAGUGAGUUCAGAGAACAGAAUACCACAUGAGAAAUGUGUUCUCCAAACUGGUAUGAAAGUAGAGGAAAACCCAGAUGCAGACAGUGAUUUUGAUGCUAAGAGCAGCGAGGACGAUGAAAUGGAAGAAAAUAAUAAAGUGAACUGCAGAAGGGAAAAAAGUACAGAGACCUCCCAAAGUGACCCCAAGCAUCACAGGAAUCAAACCCACUCACGGUCAUCUAGUGAAGAAAGAGGACAUAAUGCCAAACGCCACACAAAAAGUUCCAAGUCAAAAGGACAUGAGAAAAGGGAAGAUAAGUUCCAAGAGAGACAAUCCAGGGACCAGGAGAGGUAUUACACUGACCAUGAUUACCUAAAAGAAAAGAAAGAUUUUCAUAAGCAUAGCGAGGCCAAUCAUAGACAAUUUCACUGGAUGAGGCAUGAACAAGAAGUUAAACCAAGAGGAAGAGACCAAAGAGAAAGAGAAAGAAAUGACAGAGAGUGGAAAAGGGAGAAAGAUAGGGAGAAAUAUCCCCCAAGAGAACAAGAAAGAGAUAGACCAAAUGACCAUGACCGACACAGUGAAAAAGGAGGAGAAAAGGAAGAGAAAAACAAAGAAAAAGAAGAGCAUAUGAAAGUUAGGAAGGAAAGAUAUGAGAACAAUGAUAAAUACAAAGACAGGGAAAAACGAGAAGUAAGUGUUCAGUCUUCAGAAAGAAAUCUGGAAAGAAAGGAAAGCAGCCCAAGUUCUAGAGCAAAGGAUAGGUUGUUUGACCAUGAAAAAUCCAACAAAAUGAGAAACAUGGAAAAAGACAAAGAAAGAAACCAAGAGAAACCCUCUAGCUCUGAAACAUCAUUGGCAGCAAAACCCAGAAUCACAGAGAAAAGGCUAGAGAAGGGCGAAGAACAAGAGAGUCUACCUGGGGCAGUGAGCAAGUUUGCAAAGCGGAGCAAUGAAGAAACUGUGAUGUCUGCUAGAGACAGGUACUUGGCCAGGCAAAUGGCAUGGGUUAAUGCAAAGACCUAUAUUGAGAAAGAAGAUGAUUGAUGACUGCAUCAAUAGAUCUAUGGAAGCACAGAAAAUUAUUACUCCUGGAACAUGCUGUAUAAAAGAAAAAAGUGUGUUAACAAUGGUUUGGGAGGAUAUUUUAAAAAUAUAUUCCAAAAUUGAUUUUUGGUUUGGGUUUAAAUCAAAAGACAGUCCUUUUACCUUGAAUGUUUGAAUUUAUAUAAUCUUAUUUACUUAGUACCACAUUUUUGGUUAUAUUCAAGUAACCGUAAGAGUGUACUAAAUGACUGUAGGUACUUAAUGAGGACAAUUGGCUCUAGUACAACCAGUAAAAAAUGAUUUAAACAACUACCCUAAUAAUGUUGAUUUUGAUGCAGGAGCUGUUUUG